AUACUUUGUCAGUGAAGUUUACCGUGAACAUGAAUCGUUUCUUAGCAACACUUGCCGUUCUGUGCGUGGCUUUUGCCGCUGCUCAAGCCACCUGCCCCACGAUCAUCACUCGUGCUCAAUGGGGAGCUAGGAAUGCCAAUACCGGUGCCCUCCCACACGUUCCAGCCCCCUUCGUGGUGGUUCACCACACAGCCGGAGCCUUCUGCUCCACCCAGGCUGCCUGCGCCCAGCAAAUGCGUAACAUCCAGAGCUGGCACAUGGAUGGCAAUGGCUGGGCUGAUAUUGGUUACAACUUCUGCGUUGGUGAGUGUGGUCUUGCCUACGAAGGUCGCGGAUGGCGUCGUCAGGGAGCUCAUGCCCCACCAUACAACAACCAAUCCGUCGGAGCCUGCGUCUUCGGUACCUUCACUUCCCGUGUGCCCAAUGCCGCUGCCCAGCUUGCCCUUCAGCGUCUCAUCAACUGUGGCGUUGGCGGUGGACACAUUGCCAGCAAUUACUGGCUCAUUGGACAUCGUCAGGCUUCUGCCACUGCCUGCCCAGGCAAUGCCUUCUUCAACCUCAUCCAAACAUGGCCACGCUUCAAUCCCAAUCCCAGCCCAAGGAUGUAAGUCACCAAUCUGACUGAAUGGAACAACAACAACGCAAGGACAACUACUCAUCGUCGUUCUUCUCUUACUCGUGUAUGACUGAAGCAUGGACAUGAUAAGAAGGAGGAAAAAUAAACUGAAGAAACCUUUCUAACAAAAAA